GAGCGCCGUGGGCCGGGCUGCUGCCCGAGGGGCUGCGCCGGCAGGUAGAGCCCGGGCAGGGGGAAAACGGAGCACCGGCGCUUCAGCCCGCACCCCGUGAGCCGUGCGGACCGCGGCGGAGAGCGCCGGGCGAGCGGUCCGAUCCAUGGCGCGCUUCCCGCACGGCGGCGGCGGCACUGUGUUAGCCCGGUGCCUCCGGUGGCUCCGGCAGCCCUGCGGGCGCUCCAUGCCUGCCUCCGAGGCCGUGCCGGAGCCGUCCCCCAGCAAGAGGCAGAAGGGCUCGGGGCCUGGAGAGACCUCCGCGCGGCUCCGCUUCACCAAGCUGUCCCAGAAUGCCUUCACCCCCUCCAGGGGUUCCCCGCGGGCUGCGGGCUACGAUCUGUACAGCGCCUAUGACUGUGUGAUACCGCCCAUGGAAAAGGCUGUGGUAAAAACAGACAUUCAAAUAGCACUUCCUUCUGGAUGCUAUGGCCGAGUAGCACCACGUUCUGGUUUAGCUGCAAAGCAUUUCAUAGAUGUUGGAGCUGGUGUUAUUGAUGAGGAUUACAGGGGAAAUAUUGGUGUGGUACUGUUCAACUUUGGUAAGGAGAUGUUUGAAGUUAAAAAAGGGGAUAGAAUUGCCCAGCUCAUCUGUGAACGCAUUUAUUAUCCUGAGCUAGAAGAAGUUGAAACUCUGGAUGAUACAGAACGUGGUGAAGGUGGCUUUGGCUCUACUGGAAAGAACUGAAAAUUAAUUGAAUGUGCUUCCUUUUUUUAUAUUUUUUUUGUUGUUGUUGUCCUGUUUCUAAAUUUUCAUCUGAAUUAGAAGUAGGAUUUUUGGAGUACAUAAAAAUAUUUCAAGUUUUAUUGAGACUUCUCCCUAUCUAUCCUCCAGUGAAUUUGUCUGCAUAAUGAGGAAAUGUGCAUGACUGGCUUGACUUACUAGUUGAUGGCUUAUUUUUUCUUUCAAGAUGUUUGGUCUACAGCAAUAAGAUCACGUUGUUUAUGUGGCAUUUAUACUGUAAUAAAUGGAAAAACAGCUUAAUGAUUUUUUUUUUAUUUUACUCACCUAAACUACAACAGCCAAUUGUUCCCUUGCCAGUUUUUGUUAGACUUCUGAGAGCUGUCUUCCAUAUGGCUCAGAAUUUCAUACUGAGAGCCUAUUUCAUAUCAGUGACAGUAUCAAUAGAACUUUCCACUCUCACCCCUAAAUUAGAGUAAGACAAAGAUAUUUAAUAUUGCAUCCUCUACAAUCUGUCCAAAUACUUGUGUUUCUGUUCAAAGCCAAAGUUCUGACUUUGAUCUUCAGCUGAUCUUCAAGUGACCAUUUUUUCAGCUCUAAGUGACUAUUUUUCCACUUUACAUAAAAGAAUUAGAAAAGGCUCUGAGGCUCUCAAACACUUUUUUCCUGCAGCUGUCUGUACUUUAAGAUUUUCUUAUCUGGAAGAUCACAGUUAAGAAAUACUGUGCUUGAAGUUUUAGCAGUGGAAAGAUGAGCCCUUUGUAGGCUGAUGUUCAUACUGCUCAUCUGCUUGGUAGUUUCAGCUCAAGGUAAUCCUGUCAGUAUUAGUUUCAUGUUCUUGUCUAGGACUGUUUUUAGUGAAGUAAGCCUGAAACACUACACAUUUUAUGCAUUUUAUCCUGCCUGCCCCUUCAAGGAGCUGGAAAAUAAAGAGCAGUGUGACAGCAUUCAGAUCCCUUCAGCCAUGGGGAUAGGCAUUACACUGGCUUGGCAGUGCUGAAACGAGUAGAUUCAUCUUUGUCUAAGGUAGAAGCCUUUUCCUCUUAAGUGCAUGAUAUGCUGAUCAGUUGUUUUGCAGUUGGUCCUUACCCCCCAUCACAACACUGUACUUGUAUCUGUACCCCCAGACAGACCAUCAGGAGCAGGCACACACUGCAAAACACCAGUGUAAGCAAGGAGCACAUCAUAUCAAUGCAGUGUAAAUGAACUGGGGAAGCUGAGCUUGACACUAAGCUUCUUCAGUUCUGUAACCUGCCAAAAAAGAACUUAAAGGCCAUUUAAAGGUCUUAAAAUCUGUGAUCCUUUUGUGAAAAGCUGUUUCCUCUUGCUGGACUGUUAAGUCAAGAGAAAGUUUUGCUGCAAUUUUUAGUUUCUACCUCCCAAAGCAAAAACCCAGCAGGGGUUCCAGUAAAGCAAGUUCUUUUUUAAAAAAGAUGCUACAAGAUGGCCUCACUUGGAACAGCAAUCUACAAUGAAGAAGUUGCAGUUCUGUUGAUACUCAUUAUUUGUUGUACCUGAUGGAAACUGAUCUGAUUUCCAUUUUUGAAAAUAAUGCUAAUACUAUAGCUUCUGAGAUAAGUAUUUGCUAAAAAAAGCACAAUCUCAGGAGCUAUCUCAGACAUGAGGAAAAAACAAAUUUACAUAAGCAUGCCUGCUGUAACUUGUCAACAUGAAAUCCAUUAUCUGUCAUUAGCAGAAAACACACACUUAUUUUGAAAAUCAGUGUGGUGGAGUUCUUUUCCAUUGUUUCUCAGUACUUCUCUAGAGAAGCAUGUCAUGAGUUUUAGAUUGCUGCAAGGCCCUUCCCAGUAGGACUUUGGGAUGUUUAACUGAGAUGAGAAAUGCUUUCAAUCACACCUCUACACUGAGCCUCCUCUGUGUGCACCAAACCACUGUACAUGGGUAAAGAAUUCUGGUAGUUCAUGAGUUAGAUUUGGGGUUUGCUUUGCUUCAAUGGAAAUAGCAAAUCUAUGAAAGACAAAUACUUCUACCCAGGCAACAAGAGUUACCGGGGUACUGAGAGUUCUUAAGUUGAUACUGCUACUGCAGAUCAAGGCCUGCAUUUGAAACUUGUAGAAACUUUGUCCUGGGACUGAGUAGAGGCUUCUUAAAACAGCAUUUGCUACUCUAUGGUUCAAACCAAGAUGCCAACAUCUUUUUUAUUUAUAGUCCCACAAUUUCAUUAACAUGAAAAGCAAUACCCAGAUUGCCUCAGUGUGUCAUUGAGUGCACUUGCCUCAGCUUGAGCAAGUAACUUCAAAAGUUACAGAACAGCGUGCACAGGGCUCACUUCUAUGUAGACAGAUUCACGUUUCCAGAGCCUGCCACUGGGGUGUGAUCCCCAGGGCUCACUGCAGGUACAAAACUGAAGAGAUGUAAAACUAUUUUCAAAGUAACAAAAUGAGAAUCACUUUAACUAAAAAUUACAUUGGGCUGAUAACUAUCACUGACCAGAUCCAGGCAAAGCUACUCUUUAAUUCAGCUACUCUCAUCUGCAAGAGAAGUUACCUAAAGCUUGAAGAACAAUCUUGUGGAACAUCUUCUGUGUAAAUGAAACAUGAAACUAAUUUGUUGGGUAUUCCUAUCUAUAGCUGAAAGAAGCAUUUUUCUGCAAGGAAAGGAAAAGGACAUUACUGACUAACAAUCUGCUUCUUUUUUUAGAAAUUGACUUGACUUGUUACAGGGAUAGAGAAAAUCUGACCUUCCACCCCAGGUGAAUUUGGGGGAAAGUUGAGAUGCUUGGCCCCAGAUUUACCUCCAUGUUUUGAGUUCUAUUUUGAGGUCUGAGAGGGUUCUAUUUUUUGGAUUCAUCUGCAAUAUUUAUGAUAACCUUUUUGUCCUUAGAAAGGCAGAGGAUUGUAAGCUGAUGAGGGUUUUGAAGAAACAUGGGAUUCUUAUACAAUUCCUACCACUUGAACUCUCCACUUUUGGAUAAAAAUCCUAAACCAAAAAUUUUGGCAGUAAUACCACUGCUACCAUUGAUCUUUAGUUCUUUCUUUCCCCCAGAAUUUUAACCUGGUGUUUAGUAGUUGAGAAUUUAGGCACAGCUUCCUCAGCUCAGCUACUGUUAUAUUACUCUAUGGCAUGUUAGGAAUUUUUUUAUCUAUUUAAUGUUUUCUAGAUCAGCCACUAGAUGGCACUUAAAGUCUGCUUUCUUUUCCACUUCUUUUUCAGAGGUAUUUUUCAAAGAUCUGUUCAUCUAUAAUUAAGAGUUGAUGACUCCCACUGGGACUAUGUUGGUGGAAAGCAAGAUGCAAUAUUUGAGUGAAAGCAGGCAAAAGUAUAACCAUUAAAGAGGGAACAAUGACUAUAAUUUAAAUAAGAUUUGGGUGGUUGCAGUGUUUGCAUAAUCCCUCCUGGCACGCAAGAGCAGUAGAGAAGCCUGUGGCUUUUCUCUCCUGCUGCGUUUCAACAAAAAUGGAAAAUUGUAAUGAACAGCAACAUUUUUCCUAUCUUUCGUAUUCACUGUGUUCUUACUCUCUCUUCCUUCAUUCCUUUAAGUGGAAUGCAGUCUACUUAAGGAUUGCAUUGUAGUGAAAGUAAUGUAUAGUCUGGUAAACUCUGCUUUGGAUUUUCUAAAUCAGAUGCCUCUGGUUGCAAGUUCAAGAUAUAAAUUAAAAAUUACUUAAUACACGUUAACUCAGUAAGGGUGGGUGAUGUAUGGUAACCUGAAUUAUGUAAAUUAAGGUUCCCUAGUUUCUGUAUUGGUUGCUAUUACUGUAAUACCACAGUUUGGAUUUUGUCUUCCUUCUUGUAUUUGUCUUCCUCCUCACCUUUUAUUUUUUUAAAUUUUUUGUUGUUGUUAUUAAAUAACUAUCAUUGUAUUUUGGCUUAAAGAUGGUUAAGUAAGUUUUGGUAUUAAGUAAACUUCUAUGACCCUGCCUA